AUGGCCCGCUGGGAUGGCUACGCGGGCCCGCUGCACGUGAGCAGGCACGGGAUUGAUGACUCACUUGCACAGCUAUUUGGGCCUGCUGGGCGCCACCCGCUGGUCGCAAGCUCCUCCGCAUACCCUCGUCGGAGAUUUCAGUUCGGCUUCUACUGUCUCUUCUCGCCGGAGAUAUCUUUCUCUGAGCGCAAUCUCUCUCCACGAAAUAGAUCCUCAACCCUCGAUCGUCCGAUGGAGAGGGAGAAGGAAACAGCAACGCGGCGAUUUCGCAGAUUCCGGCAUAUCGGACGGCUUCUCCGCUUCCUUGAGCUCGCCGGUGCCCUUGUCGUGCUCUCCUACUCCUACAACUACGUUCCGUCAAUCGCGAGGAAUUCCGGUGUGUUCCUCCGCCGCUCCGCAGUUGUUCUUAUUAGCCCUACCUUUGUAUUUCUCCUUGGAAACGCCAUUGUCGUCGUCCUCUUCGCUAAAUCCGGCCAAAUCGCCUCAUCAUCGGAAUCCUGCUCCGCUCUCUCCGCCGUGGACGGAUCUGAUGAAAUAUCCUCUAAUCUAUCGUACCCAACGCCGCCGCAUUUGGGGGAGGCGGAGGAGGUGGUGUACGAGGACAAGGAGGUAUGCGUGGAGAUUCGUGCUUCCCCGCGGAGCCGGUCGGAGGAAUUGGAGAAGAUAAGGGAGGAGCCGAAGAUGCUACUCUUGGAAACGGAGGUAAGUAGUGGCGAGGCGAAGUUGUCUUCGUCGCCACUGCUGAAGCUGCCGCAAGUGAAGGCAGUUGCGGCGCAAGAUAGAGUGGAUGCGGAGGCAGAGGAGGAUGCCGAGCAGUUUCGGCGCACGGUGGAGGAGUUCAUCGCAAAGCAGCAGCGGUUUCAGAGACAGGAGUCGCUCUCCGUUAUCUCGUACUCCGCGGGAUUACCAGAACCUGUUGCUGUGUAAAUAUAAAAGAGAAGAAAUAAUAUGUUUUUUAAAA